AGGGUCCUUGACUCUUUGUGUUGCCGGUGUGCGUUUGUAUUUUACAGGACAACAUGUUGUUCUGUGACUCCUGUGACCGAGGUUUCCACAUGGAAUGUUGUGACCCCCCACUGAUGCGAAUGCCAAAAGGCAUGUGGAUCUGUCAGAUCUGUCGGCCAAGAAAAAAGGGAAGAAAGCUCUUACAUGAAAAAGCAGCACAAAUUAAGCGGCGAUAUAAUGCACCACUGGGGCGGCCAAAGGGCAGACCGGGCCGUCCCUUUAAGAAGCUUCGAGGUGGUGGGCAUGGCAGGAGAAGGCGGGGUGCCGGAGGCGUGGACCAGCGCUCACAAGGCUCCUCCUCCCCACACUCUUCCUCCAGUUCCUCAUGCGAAGGUUACCCUGGCGACGAUCGCAUGCUUUUCUCUCUCAGAGAAGAUGAUUCUGUGCAUGGUGGCCUGCGUUUUAACAAGAAAACAAAAGGCCUAAUCGACGCCCUAAGCAAGUUCUUUACGCCAUCCCCGGACGGGCGGAAAGCCCGUGCUGAAGUGGUGGACUAUUCCCAGCAAUAUCGUAUACGCAAGAAGGGCAACCGCAAGGGCGAGCACGAUGACACGACCGGAGACAAUCAGGAGUGUGAAGACAGCUGGCGGGAGGAUGAAGACAAACUGCCAGGACAUGAGAACCUAACUGAGAAAGACGUGGAGCUCUUCAGACACAUUCAGGAACUGGCACUACAGAAAGUCGGGGUGACUGGUCCACCGGACCCCCAGAUGCGCUGCCCAUCUGUUAUAGAGUUUGGGAAGUAUGAAAUUCAGACGUGGUACUCUUCUCCAUACCCACAGGAGUACAGCAGGCUCCCUAAGCUCUACCUCUGUGAGUUCUGUCUGCGCUACAUGAAGAGCCGCAGCAUUCUCUACCAGCACAUGCGAAAGUGCAACUGGUUUCACCCGCCUGCCAACGAGAUCUACAGGAAGGACGACGUGUCCGUGUUCGAGGUGGAUGGAAAUGUCAGCACAAUAUACUGUCAGAAUCUGUGCCUGCUGGCCAAGCUCUUUCUGGACCAUAAGACUCUGUACUAUGAUGUGGAGCCCUUCCUCUUCUAUGUGCUCACACAGAAUGACAGUAAGGGCUGCCAUCUCGUAGGAUACUUUUCAAAGGAGAAGCAUUGUCAACAAAAGUAUAAUGUAUCCUGCAUCAUGAUUCUUCCACAAUAUCAGCGCAAGGGCUAUGGACGAUUCCUCAUUGACUUCAGUUACCUGCUGUCCAAGAGGGAAGGCCAGCCGGGCUCACCAGAGAAGCCAUUGUCAGACCUUGGCCGGCUAUCCUACAUGGCAUAUUGGCGUAGUGUGGUGCUGGAGUGCCUACAUGAGAUCAGAGAUCGACAGCUCACCAUCCGCAAACUCAGCAAAAUCACUGGCAUUUGCCCUCAAGAUAUCACGGCCACUCUGCUUAAUUUGAAUAUGCUGGAACAGAGAGGGGACCGGGUGAUUAUCCUGCGAAGAGAGAAGCUGGUGUCUUCUCACAUGGCCCGACUGAAGGCCAAACCACGGCUGCUAGAAGUCGAUCCAGACUGCUUGCGUUGGACACCUGUUAUCAUCACCAACACCGUAGUAUCUGAAGGAGAAGGGGAUGAGGAUGAGGAAGAGGAAGAAGGAGAGGAGGGACCUAAAGAUAUCAAACCCAGCCACAAGAGCUCCCCACUCUCUUGGCAUAUGAAAGGAGAACGGGAAAAGGAGGAAGAGAAAAAGGGCUUCCCAGCAUUCCCAAAAAAACAAAGCUCUCCUCCAUCCUCUUCUGUUUGCAACAGUGUUCUCGGUCCUGAACAUUCUUCCCUUUUUCUUAUGGCUAAUGGGGAACGCAGGGGACCUGGACGCCCUCCCAAAAACUGGUUAUGGGGCAAGGUGAAGGAUGCACCACGUACAGGACCAGGUCGACCCCGUAAACUAAGGCCCCCAGAUGAUGAUGAUGAUGAGGAGGAGGAGGAGGAGGAAGAGGAGGAGGAUGAUGAGGAGGAUGAAAGAACUGGCAUUAAUAAAGUGACAACAUCACCAAUGCUCUUGGCCUUAGAAAAUGAGCCUGACUCCACAUCAGCCUGUCCCUUGGAAGCUUCCAGGCACCCCGCAGUUCCGCCAUCACGCAGCAGAGGACGGCCUCCACGGAAAAAGCGUGGCCCAAAACGCAGGCUUAGUGAGAAGCCUGAAGAUGACCUGCCGUCGUUGCCCCACACCACAAGGCUGAGUGAACCCAUGCCAGCCUUUAUCAGUGAGAGCAGUGAAGAUGAGGAUGAAGAUGAUGAGGAAGAGUUAAGGGCUCGUUCACCACCUGUCCUCACCAAGCCCACAUUAGGGCUUAAAUGCAAGUCUCAGAAGUCCUUGCGAAAGCGGCGUGCACGUCAGCGCAGCCAUCCCCACAGCAGUGUAGUUACAGAGACCAUCUCAGAGACGACUGAAGUUCUGGAUGAGCCAUUUGUGGAUUCAGAUUCUGAAAGGCCCAUGCCCAGACUAGAAGAGGAAACUCCAUUUGGCAACCCUCUCAGAUGCUACCCAGCAGCCCGCAAACACAUGGGACUUGCCCCAAAAAGCAUCAACAGAGGCAAUCUGACUGAAUCGGAGGAAGAUGAUCCCACUCCUGUGUUGAAGCCAGUUGCUGUCCUGAGAAGACCUGAACCUUCAGAGGCCACACAGAGAACAGGGGCAACAGCCGAGAUGCCUGAGGUUCCAGUAAAAAGGAAAAAAGGCUGGCCUAAGGGCAAGAGUCGCAAACCACUCCACUGGAAGAAGCGUGCAGGCAGGAAGCCUGGUAGUGGAGCCGGUCAGACAGGUGACACCAGUCUGGCAGAUCCAUCCUCAGAGGACCCACCACCCCCAAAGAUCAAAAUGAAGCCUGGCAGGAAACCUCGUAGCUAUUACCUGCAGCGGGCCCAAGAGGAAGCAGCCAAACAGGAGUUUGAGGGAAGCCGAUUAGCUCCGCAGCAGCUAGACAAUUCAACAUUGGAGGACAAAACCUGUAAAAGGACAGCAAGAGCCUUAACAUCUGACCUCAGCCCUGAGAAACAGAACGACUCGGAAGAGGAAGAUGAUUUCCUUCAGGACUUUAGAGAGCCAUCCAAACCCAAAAGGCGAGGUCGACCUCCAAAAAAUGGCAACCUCCCUCCCCCUGUACCCAAACCUCCCCCUGUGUCUGAGCCAGAAGAAGAAGAUGAGGAGGAAGACAGACCAUGGUCAGUUGAGAAGAUCAGCCGUCCGCCUUCUCGUACCAUGUCGCAGUCUUCCAGCACCAGAGUCUCUCAGCCAAGAGCUAACACAGACAUGGCAGAUGCAGAGGAGGACGAAGAGGGGGAUGUUGAAGAUUGCAAUAAUGGGGUUAAUCGGAGAACAGCACCGACACCAGGCUCAGGAAGCCGGCGUAGUGAUGAUCAUGAUGCCGACGACGAAGGGGAUGGCCGUCUUGAAGAGAAAAGUGACAGCAGCAGUAGCACUAAAAGGAGAAAGGGCCCAGAUUCAGAGGAUGAUGUGGAGCAAGAGGAUGAAGAGGAGGAACCAUCAUCACCUGCUCGCUCUCCCCCUGUGAAAGAAGAACCCCAGAACAGUGAGGGUUUUUUAGACUUACAGGCAAACAUGGCACGAGAUUAUGUCAGCAAACAGGAAGAAGCUGAGGACGAGAAGGAGGAUGCAGAGGAAGUGCAGGAGGUGAAGACUAGCUCUGCUGACACGGAAGAACGGCGACGACGAGAACAGGAGGAAUCUGCAGCGGCUGCGGCAGCUGUAGAGACAGUAACCGCUAUCGCAGUGCCCUCUGAACCACUGGACAUGCAGCCUUUACACAUAGAGGAAAAGACUGUGCUCAUGUUGGGGGCUGAGCAUUCACACCAGCAUCCUGACUUCAAAGAUGACCUGAGCCACCAGCAACACACGCAUCACCACAGUAGUGAGCUGGAUCUAGAAACAGUGCAAGCUGUCCAGUCACUUACGCAAGGAGAAGCCCAGGAGGAGGAUUCAGAGUCCCAUGGAGCCUACCAGGAUUGCGAAGAGACGCUGGCUGCCUGCCGAACCCUCCAGAGCUACAGUCACGGUGAGGGAGAGGAGGAAACACUAGCGCUGGUGGAAGAUUGUGGAGCCUCCCAGCACAGUCCCAUGCCCAACCCACCGAUGCCUUCGUUACCGAACCAGUCUGUCCGUUCAGUCAACAGUCCUGGAAUGACUCCUGGUCCUAUGGACCCUGGACCAGGAGUGCCUGGUCCCACGGGAACUGGAGGGGCAACAGGUGGAGGCUAUACUCAGAUAACCCCUGAGCAUCCCAGCUCUCUAUCAGCUCCCUCAUUGCAAAACAUGGAGACCUCUCCCAUGAUGGAUGUGCCAUCUGUUUCUGAUCAUUCACAACAAGUGGUAGACAGUGGAUUUAGUGACCUGGGCAGCAUUGAAAGCACCACCGAAAACUAUGACAAUCCGAGCAGCUAUGACUCAACAAUGGGUGGUGGAGGUAACGGAGGAGGGAAUGGAAGUAAUGGGGGUGGCAUGUCUGCAGCUGCGGCAGCAGCUGUAGCAGCUUCCUCCUCCUCGUCGUCUUCGUCCUCUAGUUCAGCCACACCUUCGUCAUCAUCUUCCCAAGGCAACAGCUGCUCCUUCGUCUCAACUCCUGGGCUGACGUCCUCCAGCACAGGCGUUGGCUCUCAGAUUGCCAUGGGUAGCUGUAGCCUUAUCCAGCAAGCAGGUCCAGGACCAACCAAUGGACCUGGUGCUAACAGCGGUAGUAGCGUCCCACAACCUCCUCCCCCACCUCCUCCCCCUCCAAGUAGCACUCCAAGUUGCGGUAUAAAGUCUCCGCAAGGCUGCGUCAUCGAAAGGCCGCCAAGUGCCAGCCAACAGCAACAGAAGAAGGUCUCUCAACCGACUCAACAACAGCAAAACCCUCAACCGCAGCCUCCACCCUCUGCUCCACCACUCCCUCCACCUCAACAAGCAGCACUCUCGCAGUGCAGUAUGGGAAAUGGCUUCGCUUCCACACCCAUGAUCAUGGAGAUUCCUGAAAGUGCAGGCAGCGGUGGAGGAGGCCGGAGUUUGUAUGACCGCAUGGGACAAGACUUCGGCGCCGGCGGUUACAGUCAACACUCUGCUUCUUUCAGUUUAGCCAAACUCCAGCAGCUAACCAACACCAUCAUGGACCCCCACGCCAUGUCUUAUUCACAUUCAGCAGCAGUCACCUCAUACGCGACGAGUGUUUCGCUCUCCAACCCAGGCUUAGCGCAGCUUGCUUCUUCCCCACACCCACCGUUGCCCCAGGCUCAGCCCACUAUGACCCCACCUCCUAAUUUGAGUUCUGGCUCCAUGAAUCUUGGUUCCCCCUUGAUCCAGUGCAACAUGACAGGCGCUAAUAUCGGACUACCUCCCCCUCCCCAUUCACAGCGGUUGCAAGGCCAAAUGGCCACAGUCAAAGGCCACAUUUCAAUUCGGUCCAAAGCCUCUCAAAUUCCUACGGGCUCCCCUCACCAGCAGCAAUUGUACAGUCGCAGCUCUGGUGCUGUGACCAUGCAAGGCACCCCACGCACUCUAGCGGUGCAACGUGGCAUGAUGACAAACCUCAUGCCCACACCUGCCGCCUAUAACUCCAUGAACAUGAAUCCACUCAAUGCUGCCAUGUCAGCUGGCUACCGCAUGCCGCAGCCCAUGAUGAACAGCGGGUACCAUAGUAACCCGCCCUAUAUGAACCAGCCGGCCCAGUACCCCAUGCAGAUGCAAAUGGGCAUGAUGGGAGGGCAGGCUUACCCACAGCAGCCUAUGCAGCCCAAUCACCAUGGCAACAUGAUGUACACGGGCCCCUCGCACCACAGCUACGCUGGCGUCCCCAAACAGUCGCCUUACAUGAGCAGAUGAGCACCAGAGAACGAGCAGAGAGAGACGUUCCCCACCGGACUCUGCAUCUCUGUACUUUUUCCAUUUGUAUCCACCCUCCAAAGUCUGCGCAAAAAGGCAACAAGAUAAGUGAGCUUGGUGGAAGAAGAGGACAUAGCGACGGUGACGAUUUCCUUUCCUUGCUAAAUAUGUUGUCGUCAAGCUCUGUUCCUUUUAGGUUCAUUUCCCAGUUGCCUGAGCUGGGGAGAUGGUCUGAUCACGGGAGAUGAUCUAAUGGACCUUUAUUGUGGCAAGUGUCAUGCUCCCACAGACCCUGUCUGCCGUGGUUGUACCAACAGGGGUUGGACCACCGAAAUGUCCGCCACUCCAUCCGUGAGACAGAAGGGGGCGAAGCAUCAAAGCAGCUAAAGGGGAAGUGGACCUAACUUUUCAAACUGAGAAACAAAUACAUUUACGUUGUUAUUGAACAUACAUUGAAUCAUGCACACAAUCGUUCAAUUGACAUAGGAAGCCUUACCUAAAUAGAGACAAAAUAAUUGUAGAUGGACUAUUUUUUUCUUUUUUUAUUAUAUUAUUAUUAUUAUUUACUUUAUUUUUAAUAUGUUCUCUUUUUUUUCAAUGACUGUUGAAAUGCUUGUGUUUCAGUCUGACCUUCUCAUGCUUUGUGUGUGUGUGUGUGUGUGUGUGUGUGUGUGUGUGGCUGUUCUGGACAAAGUGAUUCACGCUCGUUCACUCAUACACUCACUCAUGAACACAUUUACUCGCACAGAGCUCUAUAGCCACUUGAGAGCUUACAUGGAGGCACUUCUAGUUUGGACGCACAAGGCGUCCGAGGUAACUGUAAAUCUGUGUCUUCCCAGUAUGGAAUCGUGUAUAUCCAAACGUAACAAUUGUAAGAGCCCAAAUGGACGUCUGAUAAUAAUGACCAUGCAUCCAUAGACCAGACUAAACAGAAGUCCUUUGAAACUAGUUAAUGUAAAUAUUCUGGUACUACCUGGUUCACAGCACAGACUCAAAAUCCAGUACACACACUUUCACGAACACUCCACAGCUGUCACUAGAGGGCAGCGCAGUCAAUAGUGAGAAGGUCUUUAAGUUCAUCAAAGUGCAGCGUCCACGUAAUGUGGUGGGUAAAAAGGGUUUAACCACACAGGAGCACAUCUGCAGAGCAGUUAGCAUUGCAACUGUGCUCAUCCAAUGAUGUUAAUGAUGCCUCCUAAAGUAGGCCUUACUGUGGCACCAGUAAGUAGCACUGCUCGUACUCCAGCUGACCAUGCGGUAGUGAUGUUAGCUGUUAUCCACAAGAGGGAGUUGUACAAAUAAGUAGAUCCGUGUCUGCAAUGCACACAUGGACGAAUGAACACUCAUACCCGGGAUAAAGGUUAAAGUGCAUGAUGUCCUGAGAUGGUUACUGUUUUAGGACAAUGGGAAGAGAAUUUCUUAAUGUUCCAGUAUUCAUUGUCAAUAUGAGGAAUCUUUCUCAAAUACCUGACGUUUCAUAUAUUAUUUGUGCGCUUUUGUUUUUCUGAAUUUUAUCAGACUGGGCAGCUUUCUUUUAUGACAAGCUGACUCUUUUUGACUUUAGAAGACUUAUUGUAGAGAAAAUGUUUUUUCUAAAAUAUAAAAAAAAAAAGAAAUUCUGACAUGGAUAUUGGUACUGUCAUUUUUUUCACUUCUGUUUCAGGAAAAAAACAAUGCAUAUUUUUUAGCUGGACUCUUGGGGUAAUAUUAUUAAGAAAUUCAAAACUAAAAAAAUUUACAACUCACUUUUAGUGAAUUUAAGAUGCCUUUAACCUUUCCAUUCCAUCUCAUCUCUAGAGUUUUCUAUCUUUGUGUAGUAUAUUAAUGCUAUUUUAAAACAAAAGGAAAAAACAGAUAUCUAAAGGUCACUUAGCGUUAUUUUCUUUUUUCUUGGUUAUUGUGUGUGUAUAAGACAACUUCCUUACAUCUACGAGGCAUGUAAAAAUGAGCUCAGUAUAUUUCUGUCUGUUUAUAUUGCUUACCUUUUCGUAUACUUUGUAAUUGUACAUGGUGAGUUGUAAGCUAAGAGAGAGCCUGGUAGCCCGGAGAAAGAGAGAGAGCCAAGCUGGGGCGCUCGGUGAUGGUCGGAAGCGUCCACCUUCCACUCCUCUCUGUUUUGUCCUUGUAUGUAUUUCCAUUUAUUUGUUUCUUUCUUUUUUCUUAGCAAGUACUUUCAAAGAACUCUGUACAUUUUAACAUGAAACAAAAAUAAAUUAUGUUGAGCCA